GAAGUCUUUCUCCAAAUCUAGUCAAGCAACUAUCGAAGCGGCGGGCCUUAGAAUCCAUCCGUCCCCAAUUCCGACCCUCCCUCUCGACCGGAGGCGCCGCAUCUCGCUCCCUCUUGAAACCCCGACAUGGGAAGCAAGAAGAAAUCGAAGCCGAGCAGGAGCAAGAAGAAGCCCAAAACCAGCGCCGACCAGGCCCUAGCCCUAGACUACGUCCGGGCCUGGGCGCAGCCCGCGCCGCCACGUCCGGAACCCUCGGCGGCCGAUGCCGACGACUUCCUGCCGGCCCAGGUUGCGCGCGGCGGCGGCGGCGACGUGCUGUUUGAGCUCCACUCCCACUCAAACCACAGCGACGGAUUCCUCUCCCCUUCCGCGCUCGUCGAGCGCGCCCACCGCAACGGGGUGAAAGUUCUUGCCCUAACAGAUCAUGACACCAUGGCUGGCAUACCGGAAGCUGUUUCAGCAGCUUCCAAAUUCGGCGUUAGAAUAAUUCCUGGAGUUGAAAUCAGUGCGCUAUAUAAUCCAAGGGAAGUUGCUGGUGCUGGUGAGCCUGUUCAUAUCCUUGCAUACUAUGGUAUGUGCGGUCCAUCAAGACCUGAUGAGUUGUACAGCAUGCUAUUGAACAUUAGAGAUGGGAGAUACUUACGUGCAAAGAAUAUGCUGGCAAAGCUAAAUAGACUCAAGGUGCCGAUAAAGUGGGAGCAUUUAACUAAAAUUUCCGGUGAGGGAGUGGCACCUGGUCGAUUGCAUGUAGCAAGGGCUAUGGUUGAAGCAGGUUAUGUAGAGAAUGUAAGGCAAGCAUUCAACAAGUACCUUGGUGAUGAAGGCCCUGCAUAUGCCAGAGGAACUGAACCAUUUGCUGAGAAUGUUGUGCAGUUAAUUGCUAAUACUGGGGGUAUAUCUGCACUUGCUCAUCCUUGGUCAUUGAAGAAUCCGGAUGCAAUAAUCAGGUCUUUAAAAGGUGCUGGCCUUAAUGGUAUGGAGGUCUACAGAAGUGAUGGAAAGGUUGAUGGAUUUAGUGAAUUAGCUGAGAAGUAUGGACUGCUGAAACUCGGAGGUUCAGAUUUCCAUGGAAGAGGUGGGAAAGAUGAAUCUGACAUUGGCACGGUCAAGCUUGCUAUUACAACUUUGUGUUGCUUCUUGAAGAUGGCUAGGCCUAUCUGGUCUUCUGCUAUGAAGGACAUCCUUCUUAAGUUUGCAGAGGAGCCAUCUUCUGAAAAUCUACGGAACAUGCUUAAGUUUGGACGACUUACCAAUGUUGAUGGUUUUUCUCCAAUAAACGCUGGUAUUGAUGUUGUUAAUUUCUGUCUAUCUUCAUGGUCAAGCAAUGAUGACAUGGAAGAUGUUGAGCUUGAGGAGGUAAGACUUAAGCUUGCCCAUUAUGCAACAGAAAGAUGACAUCGACUACAUAGCCAUCUUGAGCAAUGUUUUCUGCCUAGUUCAGACUGCAGUAUGUGCUUUUGCAAAUGACUAUGUUUCGCUCCCCCCCCCCCCCCCCCCCCGCCCCGUCGUCUUGCUCCCCAUUAGAACUAAUAUGUUUGAUUACUAGUUGAUGAUCUUGUUGAAAGUAGAUAUGUUGAAUCUGGUAAUCUUUGACAUUUUAAUCAAGAAUGUACAUUUUCUCUAUGGUAUUUUAAGCGUGCAACACUGAAAUGAUGUGCACGGAAUCAAAGCAUAUCAGCAUAUUAAUACACUGUUUAUUAAAUGAUCCAUCAUCAUCUGUCUAUUAGCAUAUGAAUGAAUUGCUCUCCUGUCCUUGUUCUAUUUUCCUCAACCAUAUUUGUGAUAUUCCUUCUAUGUUUUCAGUUAUUGGUCUUUGUGAAUGACGACUGUCCUGUUUGUUUUUGUAGUUUCUGCUAGUUUCAUUCAGUAAAGCAAUUUUUCAAUAUUCUAUCUGUCGACUUGCAUCGUUUAGGUGUUUGUAGGCUAAUACACGUUUUCGGAAUUUUUUUAAUAUAAACUAUUCUAUCUUUGAACUUGACUUGAAUCAUUUAACUUGAACAUUAGGCUUCACUACUUAAGCAACUCGAAAUGCAGAUAAUACACAGAUAGAUAAACAAUUCGGCUCCAGCCAAUAGUCAUCUGCAGGAUCAGUCUGGAUCAACAAAUAAUUUAUGGUCAAAUAGUAAUGUCUUAGGAAUAUUGCACUGCAAUUUCAGUGUCCAUAGUUUCUACCUGGUCAAAUAGUAAUCACGCAAUGUCGUCUGUAAGGUAAUAGGAACAUGUGUACUUAGGAAGGUGGCAAUUUUACUAAAUCAGCAUGGGGUGAUUAACCGGAAAUUUCUAACCUUACCUUUUGCAGCUCUUGUUUUGUAGAACACUUGUUUUAGUUUGAGCAGGUGUGCGGGGCCAUUGUGACCCCUUUCUGGUUCUACGGUAGUGAAUGAUGCCCAAAGUGGUGAGGUCAA